UACGAUCACUUUCACUCGAUCAAAACAUACUCUCAGUUAACCGUCUUCGACGAUCGCGGGCGCCUCACAUUUUAUUCGGAAGUCGUCUUUGUGCAGUUUUUCGUUUUAAUUAAACAAUGAAUUAAUAAUUGCGUAAGCAUGAUCGAUGAUCAUGAAUAAAUCAUGGAUAAAAUGAAGAUAUCAAGUUAUCUAGUAUUAUGUUGUACCCUCUGUACUUUAAUUAGUAAUAAAGUUACAUGUCAAGAAGAAAAUCUAAAUUUUAAAAAACUCGAAGUACCUACAGCUACUUUAGAAAUAACCCCUAAAACAGCUCAGCAACAAAUAAAUACUAACUCAAUUAUUAAUGAUUUACCAACAAAACCAAUAAAACAACCUACCUCGGUAGCUGAAUUGUACAACUCAACAUCAUGUAUUGAACCGCCAUUUUCUUGUCCUCAUCCCAGAAUACAAUUUUUUUUGUACACUAGACUGACUCAAAAUAAACCAGACCUAUUAGAUGUAACUGACCAGGAAUCUUUGUAUUCAUCUCAUUUUAAUCCUAAAUAUCCAGUGAAGAUUAUAAUUCACGGUUUUCAAGGUGGCAGAAAUUUGUCCCCAAGUACUGAUCUUCGAAAUGCAUAUUUCACUAGAAGUAAUUACAAUAUCAUAAUCGUUGAUUAUUCAACAUUGGCUCAAAUUCCAUGUUUAAAUCAAGUGGAAUGGGCUCCACGAUUCUGUGCUAUGUGUAUUGCCCAAUUGGUAAACUAUUUGGCAUCUCAUCCUCGUGGAGUUCAGCCGGACAAAUUGCACUUCAUGGGAUAUAGUGUCGGUGCUCACAUCGCAGGCUUAACAUCAAACUUUGUCGACAAUGGAAAAAUCGGCCGUAUCACCGGUUUGGAUCCAACUAUUAUAUUUUACAUGGGAAAUAAUCGUUCCAGAGAUCUUGAUCAUACUGAUGCUCAUUUUGUAGACAUUAUACACACUGCGGCUGGGGUUUUGGGGCAAUGGGGUCCUAAUGGUCACGCUGAUUUUUAUGUAAAUGGAGGAACGUCUCAACCGGGUUGUGUUAGUAAUAGUAUAAUUCAAACUCUAUCCUGUGAUCAUACUAAAGUUACGCCUUACUUUAUUGAGUCAAUCAAUAGUAAUAUUGGUUUUUGGGCAGUACCUUGUAGUAAUCGAUUUUUGUUUAAUCUUGGCCUAUGUGACCCGCCAGAAUCGGAAUACGUUUUAAUGGGUGAACAUGUAACACAUAAGGCACGAGGGAUCUUUUACUUAACUACAAACGCCAAGAGACCGUACGCAAAAGGUUUUCCAAAACAAAGAACUUCUCGUGCUUCUAAUCUCAUUUUUGGAUAAUGUUUAAUACAGUAGACCUAGUCAAAUAUAUUUAUUGUGAUACCGCUAUAAUAGGCAAAUAAUCCUAAUUUAUAGCAAUUGAAUUAAACUGAAAUUAAUUUCCUCAGUAUGUAGUGUUAAAAAAACAAUUUAUACUAAA